AUUUUUAUGCCACGGUCACGCUAAAAUAUUUGUACACAAAAACCGGCUCGUUUUUCGCAGAAAAAAGAGAUUUAAGCCCUCGAAAUGAUCACCGACGUGCAAUUGGCCAUUUUCUCCAACGUCCUGGGCGUGUUCCUGUUCCUGCUGGUUGUGGCCUACCAUUAUAUUAAUGCCAAUACGGGAAAGCCAAUCUCCAAGGCAAAAUGAUCCUCGAUGUUUCCGCUUACAAGUUAAUGUAUAAUGAUAACGAUAAUGCUGCUUCAUUCGCAAAAUAAAUAGUUGUGUAAAUCUA